UAUCGAAUUGAUUUUAAUCUUGUAGUUAACUCGAGUAAACUGUUAGAUGAUUCCAGGACUGGGGAAGUUGCAGAGUAAACUGCAAAAUAAAUCGAGAAUAGCGUCCACUCCUUCACCUCGAUUUGUAGGUAAUAACAGUAAAUCAGAACGUCAACGUAAUAAAGAUGAAAUAUUAAAAAGAUUUCAAGAACAAACUCCUAUUGAUUCUGAAGAAGAUAUAUUUGGAAAUAAUGGGGGAACAGAUUUUACUAUUUCUGAAGAAUUAGAUAAUUUUCAUAUAAAUGUUAAUCAAUUAUCAAUUCCAAAUAAGAAAAGAAUAUCACCAUCAAGUAAUUCAGAUUCAAUGUCAAUAUCUUCACCUAAAGUUUCUAUUAUAUCUCCUGCUGCUAGAAGUGGUCUAGCUGUUAGUGGUCUUGGAAAUGUUGGAGGAUCUAGAAAAAUAACUAAAGAAGAUAUUGGUAUUUAUAGUGAAGGAGAUGAUACUGAUAUUACAUCUCAAUUAGAUGAUGAUGAAUUUGAAGAUGUUGAUAAUAUAUUUGGAGCAGAUGAAAGUGGAAUAUAUAAUAAAAUCAAUAAGAAAUUAAUAUCUAAACAGUUAAAAUUACAACAAGAAUCAGAUUUUGAAGAACGGGAAUUAAUGAAUAAGAGACAGAUUCAACAAACAACAAAUUAUUCUGAUCCUAAUGGAACUUUGAGAAUAAAAGAUUUUCAAACUCUUAAUCAGAAUUAUAAUAAUACCUUAACAGAUCAUAAUUUAAAUCUCUUAGAUCAAUUAGAUAAUGAAAGAACUAUUAAUUAUGAUUUUAUAAGAGAUGAUAAUGAUAAUUUUGAAGAUGGAUUUGAUAAUAUUGAUUUAGAUACUAAAAUAGUUUCAAAUAAUAAAAUAAUUGGUCAAUCAAUUAUACGGAAUAAAGCUUCUAUGCCUGCUAUAAAUAAAAAACUGAUUCAAUCAAUUCGAAAAUUUCAAUCUAGUGCUGAUUUCCGUUCUACUAGUGAAGCAGGACAAAGUAAAGGAUUCAAUCAUGAUAAUAAAGUGAUAAGAAAAUUAGAUCGAAUACCUUCAUUUUAUAAUUCAAGAACUAUAUCUGAAGAAAAUAAUCAAAAACAAAUUUUACUUAAUAAGUAUAAAGAACAACGUUUAUUAGAAAAGGAAAGUAGAAGACAGCAGAGACAAAAUCAAAAUCAAAAUAAUCAAGAAAUACAUAGACAUCGUAUGGGAACUAUAAAGAAUAUGAAUACCAAUACAAUUGUUCCUCAUCCAACAACCACAUCUAAAGGUAGUAAAAUGAUAUAUAAUUCUGGUGAAAGACGAUGGGAAGGUAAUGAAGUAGAUCUAUUAAGAUUUGAAAUAUUACAUAAACCUUCAUUAAUUACUUUAAAUGAAAUUAAACUUGAUAAUCAUAUUACUUCAGAAGUUAAUGGAGAAAAAUCAAAUAAAAAUCCCAAUAUGGUUUAUGAUAAAACAAAUCUUAAAUGGGUUAAUUUAGAAGAUGAUAAUGAAAGUAUAUUUAACGAUAUUGAUGAUUUAAAUGAAAAUAAAAUUAAUAAUUAUAAUACAAUUCAUAGUACUAGUAAUUAUAAUAUUUUUAGAGAUUCAGUAGGAUAUAAACUUGGAUCACCUCCGAAAAUUCCAAAAUCAUUUAGUUCUCAAAGUAUAAAAUCACCAACUCUGAAAAGAGGAAUAAGUCAAUUUACUCAAAGAACUAUAUCUACAUUAACAUCAAAUACUACUGAUAGUGAAGAUGAAGGUGAUACAGAAAUUGCUAAUGCAGAUUAUUAUGAAUUUAAUAUUUCAAAUAAAUUAUUCGAAAAAUUUCAAAAGGAAGAAAUUAAAAUCUUGAAAAAAACUCUGAAUUGGUUUAAUCACCAAGAGAGUUAUAAUUUCACAGAACCAAAUAAUCCUGUCUCCAAUGAAUAUUAUUGGGAGAUUCGAAAAUUGGUUAUUGAUAACGAAUAGAUAUGUAUAACAAAAAAAAUUUUAUGAUUAUAUGACAACAAAUAUAUUUAAAUACCCUUAGAUGUAAUAAUAAAGAAUGCAAAAUAUUUAUUGUAGCAACCAAACCAAAAAUAGCGGAAUUAAGUGUGUGUGAAAAUUGCCAAUAAAUUUUAAACCAAUAAGGGUAAUAAUACAGUACACAAAAGAAGUUCAAAUAGCAACUAUAAUUAAUCUCUGGAUUGUUCUUGUUAUAAUUCUUCUCAGGUACAGUACAGUGCGCAGCAGCGCCUUCAUGCUUUAUAGGUUAGGUUAUUGUUCAGAGUAUGUAAGUUUACGUUAUGUUUAUCGGAUUAGUAGACGUUUCAGGUAGUUAGUUAAAGUAUGUACAAUGAAACAAUGAAAUAGUUUAAAAGUAUAUUGUACAUUAACAGUAAAGUUUCUCUAUAUAUAUAUAUAUAUAGUUAU